AUGCCCUGGACUUCACCGUCCACAUUCGCCAGCUCUGCCUCGAGCCCUGCAGCGCGCUGCUCGGCGGCGGGCGUGCUCACGCAUCACGGCCUCGAAGCUGCGCGCCUCGGCGGUCUGUCGCGCUUCUGGGCUCUGGGCGUCACAAAGGUCGGCGGUGACUUGCUUAGUUUGACGUCGGGCCUUGGAUGCCUUCACCUCAGCGACGAGUGUGCGACCACCGCUGUGUACGCCAUCCUCCUCCUUGCUGUAGUCGAGCGCGUCCACGACCACCAUCUGCUCGCUGGCUGA